ACAUAACGACAUAAAAACUGAUCUUUUCCUUAUGUCGUUAUGUCGCUAGUGUGAACCAGGCUUAAUUCUUCACAGUAAACACAGAAGAGUGUGAAGUAGCUUUUUCAACCAUAUUUUGUCUCUGAUCGUAAAUCUAAACCCGUCCUCUGUCUUCGGUAUUGCAUUUGUAACAAGUGUAUAAGCCCCACGAAGUUUUAAAAGCAUUGCAAAACUAUCGAGAAACUCCAUUUCAAACCAUUGCUGCAAUUCUGCCAGGAGUGAAUCGACAUGCAACCUGGAAAGAAAGCUCAAUGACUACAUUGGGACACUGGUCAAUGAAUACAUUGAAUUCCUCUUUCGCAAACCUGAAUCUGAGUGAAGCAAUUUACUGAAUGUUAACCUCAACAGGUAUGCUUCCUUGGCGUUUGGCAGCUAGGCUAUAAAAACCUCGAGCAAUAAAAGUUUUUAUCUCUGUUUUCUUGUUCGCACUUACUGUUUUACGUGUAAACUGGACAUAGUUCAACAAUAAUCUGAUCCCAUGGGCCUUAGGGUAGCUUAAAACAGGCAUCCAAAGUGUACUUGUGCCACAGUACAACCUGACAGAACUACUCAGUACCAGUAGUCACACACUAGGUUUCACUGAUAUAGAAGUAAAAGCUGGGACCAUGUUUAAUUACAUAUUAUAAGAAAGAAGUUAGAUUCCCGCUCAAUAGCUGUUUUUAUAAACAGCAUGGAAAUGCAAAUUAAAAAAAGGGCGCGCUGCGUAUAAAGCAGGAUUUCCUUUUUAUCGUGAGUACAUAAGUGUUUUCCUCAGACACCACAGGAUGCUUUAAAUUUGACGAGAAUGGGCGUUUUAAGAUACAGCGUGACCCAGAGCACAAGCACUCCAAAUUCUGUCACUUGGAAUAUGCGCCAUGUAGGUAAGCAACAUCCCCGCUGAAAUCCGCGGGCUUAUCAGGCCUAGCUCUCACUGACAACUAAAGAAGAUUUCCUUGCCAAGUUACUGAUGUGUGGGAUUACAAGAUUCGCGACAACUCACAGCUGCUGUUGAACUGUGUACUCGUGGGUCCUCUCCCUUUGUUCGAAAACUCGAUUAGAGGACUCUUCUUCCGACCGAGCGGGGCCGUAGCAACAGGCAAACCGAGGCACCUGCCUCAGUUAGUUUGUUUUUUUUUUCUUUGUUUAUAGUCUUCAUAAACACCCUAAAUACAUAGGAAGAUAAUUUAUCCAUGCACAUUCGGCCCUACUGAGCUCAACCAACACGUUCAGACCAGAAAGUUCCCAUUCUCGAUGUCCCAAGAUACGGCGAUCCUUUUGGUCAGCACCAAGAAUCUCGACUUCCUGCUAGACCCAAUUUUCUGAGCAUGUGCAGAGUAUUCGCUUCGUUUUCCCAGCCAAUCAGAUUCGUCAGAUGAGAAGGGAUAUCCAUGAAUCGAUAAUUUCUGGUGUUUUACCCUCCCAUAGGUCGCGAUACUAGGUGCUGACCAAAAGGAUCGUGGCCUCUGGUGACGAGAAUGGAAAAUACCUUAUAAGUCUUAGAAACCUAAACUAACUAUUAAGCUGCACAAACGCAAAAUACCUUCCAAAUAGUCUCUCAGCUUUUACUUGCACCUAUAAUUUGAAGUUUUUUGUUUACUUACUUUUACUUGUUUACCUGUUUUUGUUUAUCUGGAAGUUUAACUUCCUGCCUAAACGCUAUUUCUUGUUAAAAACUGUCAGUAUUGUUUACAGCGUAUUUUUGAUAAGCUGAUUUUUUCUCGCCUGCUUAUGUCUUUAAUAGAUUAUAACUAGUUUCAGUUAAAUUCUAAAAUUGAUUCUUUUUUCGCCAGUGAAUUCGUACAAAACAAAAUACAUUGAUAUGUUGCUGAGAAAAAAGUGUUUGACUAGAACGAAAACCAAGGACUUACUGUGAAGUCACCUUUCACUGAGAGUGAAAACAUUGUCUUAAAUCGAAAACCGCGUUAAUUUUCUUGUUAUUUUCAUUCUCCAAGUCCUUUAUUUUCUUUUGUAUGUUUCCGCCUCGCAGCUUAAAGUUUGUUCUCAACGCGGAUUAAGUUAAAAGGAUGUACGAGUAUUAAUACAGAGCUGAAAUUACAGAAGGCGAGUUUUUCAUCGCUUUUGUUAUUACCACCGAAUUAGCGAUUCUUCUCCAGGUUUCGGGUAUGAAAAAUAGAUGCAUUUUAAAUAUGAUUAGACACCUGAAAAUAAAAUUCGUAAUAACAUAGAAUUAAAGCACCUUGCAACUCAAUCUAAUAUUUGAAAGCGGUCAUUUCUGGUAAAAACAGAGAACAUCAAAAUUUUUCCAGUUUUGGAAUUUUCAAGGUGGUUUCUCGUUGAGUGCUUUUGUUGACUUAUGAAGAAGAAUAGUGGGUAAUUCUUUUCUGACAAAUAUGGUUAUAUUUAUGAACGAAACGUAAAUAUACUUUUAAAUCGCCGUCAAUUCAGACGGCUCUGUAAUUAGCAAGCAAGAGCGGAAUAAAUGAUAGGCCAUAAUUUGGUUCCGUGUUGUAUGAGAAAUUUUCUUCGUGUACUAAUUGGAUUCUCUUGUUAAUCGCCGCGAAUUAAUUCUGAUGGGACGUCAAACGUCACAAAUUAAGUGCAGCCAAUUAAAAGAGGAGAUUUUAAGUGCUUUAGCAAGCACCGCGGGAAAUAAGGGGCAAUCUAUGGAAUAUUUAUCAAAAUCACUAGAAACUUUGAGUUCCUAUAGAGAAGAACAGGCAUUAAGCAUAAUGGAAAAUCAAGCUUUGUAAUCAGCAAAAUCUGUGCCUGUUCUAAGAAUCUUUUUCGACGUUCAAAUUGUUUACUCGCACUAAUGUAGGCUUUUACGGGUAGACACAAAUGUUUGCGAUAGCAAGUAGAGUCAACAGAGAAGCACCUUUUAAAGUAGUAACUCCAGGAACUCUUAAAGAGUAUUCGUUCUUACAAUGCAGUUAAGGAUUUUCUAUGUUCACUCAAUUAGUGACUUCUAUGACAUGUGAAUAAUGUUUUAGUUGGUAGUUAUACUUGCACGCAAAAUACGACAAUAAAUUCGGUGUUGAAAUAUUAAUGGCCAAAACUAAAUUUUAGGACAAAUUUGCUAAAGUCAUUUCGCUUUAUGUUACGAAUAUCAACAUAGUGAUUGUAAGCAAGGUUUGCCGACCGCAGUUCUUCAAUUGCCCUUUGAGAUGGAAUUUAGGAACACAGAAAAUGCUUUUUAUGUGAUCGUGAAAUGAAGCGGAAUUGUUUUUGUUAUUUGUUCCUUUUGCUAUGAUUGUACCUAAUCUGAAGCCCAAGUAUUUGUAAUAAUAACUAAUCAAGAAAAGAACCUAGAAUUCCCAGACUCCCCGUGCAGUGUGAAUAAUUACAAAACAAUUCACUGUUUGUGAUGUUUCGUGCGACUGAACAGUUAAGGCACGAUUAUUAAACAAUUUAAGAGUAAAGCAACAUUUUGUACCGGUUUCAGUGAAAGGCUAAAAGCUUGUUACACAGAAAUUUUUUUAAAAUCUGCUCGAGCGUCAAAGUCCAUUAGCAAUGAAGAAAAAAAAGUACUUAAUCAGUUAAAGACAUAACAAGAAAGAUACAUGGGAAAAUUAGAUAAGUCAUUUGCCAAUGAAGAAAGAUGGAAAAGCUUUAAGAUCCUUAUUAAAAAUGUAUAAGACAAGGAGUAAUAAGGGGUCACCAAGCCACUAAAGACUUGUCAUUGUCGAUGAAAAUUCCCGAGGAGCGUUUGAAAACUAAUUGGAACAGAAACAGCCCUAAAGAAGCCCACUGAGUUGCGCUGUCAAAUGUCGCUAUAAGUUCAAGAGUUUUUUGCUUCAUUCCCGGCUUUUAUAAGUAGAUAGCUUUGAUCUUGCUUUCAUUGAACCUUUUUAAGGUGGCAGUGUAAUUUUCGUACGCUCUCGUUCCCUGGAAGAAGUUUAGUGCAAAGGUCUUCCUGUACAAGUGUACCCUUUAAAGUUCAGCGUCCAAGUUCUCAAGUUGUUGCCGUGCUAAAACAAAAUGCAGGACACCACAACAUCGGAAUCACCUUCCCCGAGUACAUACCAGUCUCGUGAAGACAAUAAACCGCGCAGAUCUCCUCCGCCUCUUGUAUCCAUGGACGGAACUCGGAGAGACUCUCUUGUUGGACUUCAGAGGCUUGUCUACAGCUCGCAGAUAUUUACGCAUUCACGAACGUCCCAAGAAGAUGCUCGACCAGUAGCCAACAUUGGCGAAAACGUGGUAGAAGUAAAACCAGGUCCCAGGCCCGUUCAUUCACAGCCCCGGUCAAGUCUCCCGAGUCCAAAGCCCAAGAGAAGCAGAACUUCAUUCACGCCUGCGCAGUUAGAGCGACUGGAAGAGGAAUUUUCAGUGGAUAUGUACGUGGUUGGUUUGAAGAGAAUGAAGCUGGCUAACGAGUUAAACCUGUCCGAAAGACAGGUUAAGGUCUGGUUCCAGAACAGAAGAAUGAAGUACAAGAGGGAAAGGGCAAAGACCAGAUCAGACGGAGGAAAAUGAUGUCACUGUGUUGCCAAGGCAACCUGUUCUCAAUAUACAGCAUGUUUAUAUCUAUAUACCUUAAAUCGUCGCUUGAUUUUGUAAAUACCAAUACCUGUACAUUUUGAGUUCAUAUUGCGAAAAAUUGCCACGGGUUGGUAGGAUGUGUUCUUUUAAUAAGCUACUGUACAUUUAAAAGGGACACUUAACCCUGUAAAAAUCAAUUGAAAAAGCGUUAUUUCGUCCCCUUUACUAGCAUUAAAUCAUUCAAUAAGCCUUUCUCCAAUUAAAGGCGAACAAUCAAGGGCCUGAUAGCAAGUUUACAAGGAUUCAAACAGCACUCUCCCAUCCCCGGAAUAGUCUGAGCCCGCAAUUUGAAGCUGGAAUGUUGCUAGGCAACCUGCAGACUGCACAAAGAUGUUGCCAUAUUGACAUGAAACCUAACGAAGAGCUAGCGUUAAUAUUGAGUGAAGUGAUUUGAGGGUUUGACCAAUUGAACAUCAGAGUGUUCUCCCGGUACGCUACACAUAUAAGAACAAACACCCGCGAUUACCAAAAGUGUGUCUUGGUAUUUAUCGACGCAGAAAAUUCAACUGUACACUAAGCAGAAAAAAUUCCGGUGAGAAUGCACCUCUUUACUUCAGGUGAAAUAAAGCAGUGGCGGUGUUUAUA